UCAACCUCUCAACCUUCUCUUUCUCCACACACACCUUUCUCAACUCUCAAAAAUCUUACAUAUUUAUCAAUCUCUACAGGUUUUGAUCCUGUCAUUGCUCUUUUCAUGUGGGGUUUUUGACAUUUUUUUUUGUCUUCGGUCUUAUAUAGCUAAGAUCAUUCUUUUUGUAGAUUUUCUUGGUUUAGGAAGACAGAUUUUUGUUGGGUGGUGUUUGUGGAUUUUAUUGUUUUUUUGGGUUAUAGGAAGAUAAAGAAAGAUGACAGUGGGAGCAGGAAUAUGUGUAGCUGAAAGGAAGCUGAAUGUGUUGGGACAGAGCAUUCUCACAGAUGUUAAUGAAAACAUAAUUGUAACACAGCCAACAGGUGAAGCUUUCAUUAAUGGUGCAUUCCUUGGUGUUCAUUCCGACAAAAUUGGUAGUCGCAGAGUUUUUCCUGUUGGCAAACUCCAAGGAUUGAGAUUUAUGUGUGUUUUCCGGUUCAAGUUAUGGUGGAUGACACAGAGGAUGGGUACAUCCGGACAAGACAUACCAUUUGAGACUCAAUUUUUGAUUGUGGAAGGAAAUGAUGGUUCAAAUUUUGAUCAAGAUAACCAUGAAAAUUCAGCAUUGUAUGUUGUAUUCUUGCCUAUUCUGGAGGGAGAUUUUAGGGCUGUUCUUCAAGGGAACUCAAACGACGAGUUAGAAAUAUGCCUGGAAAGUGGAGAUCCUGCUGUGCAAGAUUUUGAAGGAAGCCAUUUGGUUUUCGUAGCAGCUGGGCCAGACCCUUUUGAUGUCAUCACUAAUGCAGUCAAGACGGUGGAGAGGCAUUUGCAGACAUUUUGCCACCGUGAUAGAAAGAAGAUGCCAGACAUGUUGAACUGGUUUGGAUGGUGUACAUGGGAUGCUUUCUAUACUACUGUUACUGCCGAGGGAGUGAAGCAAGGAUUAGAGAGUUUGGAGAAAGGAGGUAUACCCCCAAAGUUCGUACUCAUUGAUGAUGGAUGGCAAUCUGUGGGUAUGGAUCCCAAUAGUAUCGAAUCCAUUGCUGAUAACCAUGCAAACUUUGCUAACAGGUUAACUCAUAUUAAAGAGAACCACAAAUUUCAAAAAGAUGGAAAGGAAGGGCAUAGGGUUAAUGAUCCUGCAAUGGGACUACGACAUGUUGUUACCAAUAUCAAGGACCAGCACAAUUUAAAGUAUGUGUACGUGUGGCAUGCACUCGCCGGUUACUGGGGCGGUGUGAAACCUGGGGUCCCUGAGAUGGAUCACUAUGAAUCCAAGUUAUCUUUCCCAGUUUCAUCUCCUGGGGUCGAGUCACAAGAACCUGAUGAUGCUUUGGAUAGCUUGACAAAGAAUGGUCUUGGUCUAGUGAACCCUGAGAAAGUCUAUAAUUUCUAUAAUGAACUGCACUCAUACCUUGCUUCUGCGGGUAUAGACGGGGUUAAAGUAGAUGUUCAGAACAUCCUUGAAACACUUGGAGCAGGUCAU